UGCCGGAGAAGAUGCCCUCCUGGGGCCUCUUGGUGGUCACCUCCUGCCUCCUCCUGGACCCCCAAAACCUGGCACAAGUCACCAACCAAGGACCCAGAGCUCAACUCACCAGCUGUUCCUCAGAUGCCUCCUUGUUGGCCUCGGACUCAGAGACCCUGAACUGUUUUACUCGAACAUUUGAGGACCUCACUUGCUUCUGGGAUGAGGAAGAGGCAGCACCCAGUGGAAUAUACCAGCUGCUGUAUGCCUACCCAGGGGAGGAGCCCCGUGCCUGCCCCCUGAGUUCACAGAGUGUGGCCCCCUUUGGAACCCGAUAUGUGUGCCAGUUUCCAGCCCAGGAUGAAGUUCGCCUCUUCUUUCCACUGCACCUCUGGGUGAAGAACACAUUCCUGAACCAGAACCUGAGCCAGCGGGUGCUCUUUGUGGACAGUGUGGGCCUGCCAGCUCCGCCCAGUAUCAUCAAGGCCAUGAGCGGGAGCCAGCCAGGGGAGCUUCAGAUCAGCUGGGAGGCCCCAGCUCCCGAAAUCAGUGAUUUCCUGAGGCACCAACUCCGCUAUGGCCCCAAGGAUCCCAGGAACUCCACUGGUACCACAGUCAUGCAGCUGCUGUCCACUGAAACCUGCUGCCCAGCUCUGCAGAGGCCAAACCUAGCCCCAGCUCUGGACGAGCCUGCAUGUGCUCAGCCCAUGAUGUCCCAACAGGAUGGACCAGAGCAGACCUCCCCAACUAGAGAAGCUCCAUCUCUGACAGUGAUGGAUGGAAGCUGCCUCAUCUCAGGGCUCCAGCCUGGGAACUCCUACCGGCUCCAGCUGCGCAGCCAACCUGAUGGGGUGUCCCUGCGUGGCUCCUGGGGACCCUGGUCCCUCCCUGUAACCACGGACCUGCCUGAGGAUGCAGUGGAAAUUGGACUGCAGUGCUUUACCCGGGACUUGAAGAACGUUACCUGUGAGUGGCAGCGACAGGACCAUGCUAGCUCCCAAGGCUUCUUCUAUCACAGCAGGCCACGGUGCUGCCCCAGAAACAGGGACCCCAUCUGGGAAAAGUGUGAAGAGGAGGAGAAAAAUCCAGGAUUACAGCCCUCCCAGUUCUCCCGCUGCCACUUCAAGUCACGAAAUGACAGUGUUAUUCACAUCCUUGUGGAGGUGACCACAGCCCAGGGUGCUUUUCACAGCUACCUGGGCUCCCCUUUCUGGAUCCACCAGGCUGAAGGGCUUAGGCCAGUCCCUGAUGACAUCCCUGUAGUGCUUAUCCCCACUCCAAACUUGCACUGGAGUGAGGUCUCCAGUGGGCAGCUGGAAUUGGAAUGGCAGCACCCAUCAUCCUGGGCAGCCCAAGAGACCUGCUAUCAGCUCCGAUACAUAGGAGAAGGCCAUCAAGACUGGAAGGUACUGGAGCCACCUCUUGGGGCCCAGGGAGAGAUCCUGGAGCUACGCCCGCGCUCCCGCUACCGUUUACAGCUGCGCGCCAGGCUCCACGGUCCCACCUACCAAGGCCCCUGGAGCACUUGGUCAGACCCAGUUAGGGUGGAGACCGCCUCCGACACAGCCUGGAUCUCCUUGGUGACCGCUCUGCUCCUAAUGCUGGGCCUCAGCGCCCUCCUGGGCCUGCUGCUGCUGAGGUGGCAGUUUCUCGCGCACUACAGGAGCCUGAGGCAUGCCCUGUGGCCCUCACUUCCGGACCUACACCGGGUCGUAGGCCAGUACCUUAGGGAUACUGCAGCUCUGAGUCCGCCCAAGGCUGCAGUCUCAGAUGCCUGUGAGGAAGUGGAACCCAGCCUCCUUGAAAUUCUACCUAAGUCCUCAGAGAAGACUCCCUUGCCCCUAUGUUCUUCCCAGACCCAGAUGGACUACCGAGGAUUGCAGCACUCUUGCCUGGGGACCAUGCCCCUGUCUGUGUGCCCACCCAUGGCUGAGUCAGGGUCCUACUGUACCACUCACAUUGCCAACCACUCCUACUUACCACUGACCUGUUGGCAGGCCCCUCACUCCCAGUACCCUGGACAGAUCCAAACCCUCUAGACCUUUCUUCCUGGCCUCUCUUCCCACCCCACCCCAUCCCCACACUAUAAAUAUCUCAGACCUCUCUUCCAUCCCCCUUCUUGACCAUCACAGCUGGGCUUCACAACACUGAUUUUUCAGUCCUGCUGCUCUUUCCUCAGACAAGGAUCAUUUGACUAAGCUCCUCUAACUUCCACCUUCUUUCUCUCUCCUCGUUAAUGCCAAAUUCCUUGAAAAGAAGGAAUUCCCACUUGUGAUUUGCUCCCACUUGUGAU